AGUGGAACGAGAACCCUUAUUUAUCUUUUAUGCAAGGAACUUCCUUCAAACUUUUAUCAGUGCAAGCUUUAUAUUAUAAAUUGAGAUAAUAAGAAAUAGAAUUUAGUAUAAUAGUGGUAUACAAACAGAUUAUUUUCCGGUGUUUCCAGUACAAAGUUCCAGUAUAUCUGUGAUUUCCAUAACACCUUUCAAUAACGCGGGAAAUUUGCCAAACAAAAUCAAAGAAACAAAAAUGCAUAGUUCUUAUGAAUUAUCCGAUGACGAUGAUAGUUUUUCAUUACCAAAAUGUCCUGGAAAACCAGAAAGUCCAUUAGAUAACAAUACAAAUACAGUUAUCUUAAGCAGUGAUGAAGAAAUUGAAAACAACCCGGCUGAGAGAUCUUAUUCGACAAACUCUGUGAUAUGUGAUCUUACAUCAGAUGAAGACGAGCUACCUGAAGUUAUUGUAAAUAGUAAGAAAGGCAAAAAUUCAGAAGCAAGAACAAAUAUUAUAAAGAGACUAUUUCCUGUAUCAGAAAAGCGAGACAAAUUGCUGACUAAUGUUUCAAACUUAAUGCCGUCGAGUUCAAGAACACUCCCCAAAGAACCUGGUAUCGAUAAAAUGAUUGGUGGUGUUUCUGUUAAUAUGCCAGUUGAACCAUAUGGAUGUCAAAUCGCUUUAAUGUCCAAAGUAAUAACAGCUAUAAAGAAUGGGAAAAACUGUUUACUUGAAAGUCCGACUGGCUCAGGGAAGACAUUAGCAUUGCUGUGCAGCGCAUUAGCUUGGCAGAGGUGCGAAAGAGCGCGCAUAGGUCAACUGUUGGCGGAGCAGAAAGCCAACAAUAUCACCGAGUUAAGGAAACUUCAUGGCGGCGUCGAAUACGUCGGCAGCGUGCCCAAUGUUAACUUCGACAAAAAUGUCUUCGGGCAGAAGAGUAUAUACGAUUCACCUAUGAAGAAUGAAAGUUGUGGUGGAAAAAGGAAUGAGCCUCUUCAAGAUGAACAUGAAGAAGCCAACAUGAAUGAUUCAGAGAAAUCGAACGACAAACGACGCCGUCUCAACUCGCCAAAAUUCAAUGAACUGUCAAAAUCUGAACACUGCAGUCCACAGAAGCCGACCACUCCGCAAAAAGUAAUAGGAUCACCGAAAGCCGAGACCCCCGAGAAUGUUAGAUUCCUAGUGUCGUUAUUGCGCACCUGGAUCACCGACGAUGUUAAUUGCAGAACUCCGACUAUAUAUUACGGUGCGAGAACACACAAACAGCUGCAACAGGUCAUAAAGGAGUUCAAGAGAACCAGCUACUGCGGCGAGGCGAAAAUGACCGUUCUCUCCAGCAGGGAUUACAGCUGUAUAAGGGAGUUCGACAAGAAACUUUGGAGCACUAAAAAUGACAUGUGCAGGGGAUGUAUCAAAUCAUCGUCUUCCGACAAACAGAGGGGUGAAACCAAUUGCAAAUACUACGAUAACCGUGCAGCGUUAAACCAUGACAGUCUACCUCCAGCUUUCGACUUGGAGGACCUGGUGCUGAUAGGAAAAGAGAAGAAAUCUUGCCCUUACUACGCAGCUAGGAGUAUGGCCAGUGCGGCUCAUAUAGUCUUCUGUCCGUACAACUAUCUGAUAGAGCCAACCAUCAGAAAUAGCAUGCAAAUCCAUCUUCAAGACAACAUUUUAAUAAUAGACGAAGCUCACAACAUCGAGGACAUAUGUCGGGACGCCGCUUCGUUUGUGUUCACCAGAGAUCACAUAAUAAGCGCUAUCACGGAGUUGGAAAAAGUGGCCGGCUACAUGUAUUCUGGGCAGGAGAUUAGCGUACAAGUGGACUUUAUAUUGAAGACGCUCAAAAUUUGGGAUGAUUGGUUCGCAAAUCAAACCCCGCUGGUGGCCAACAAGCCGCUGAACAAUAACGAGGCGGUCCACACGUGGGAGACCGCAGACUUCAUACAAACACUACACAAUCACAACUUAGGACAAACAAACUACUUUGAAUUUAAACGCAACGCCGAAUUGUUCUGCCAGAGACUUCGUGAAGAUCCCAGAACUUUGUUUGGUGUCACACAAAAUACGGGCACCCUAGUGGAAUCGUUAGACAACGCCCUUACAUACUUGUUUGGUAACGACGGACAAUACAUGGAAGACUUCAAGCCAGCGCUGGUCCGCACUGUCAGCACAGAUUACGUAUCUGAAACGGUCUCUUGGAGGAAUUCCCAGUACAAUCAGAAAAUAAAAAAAGAAAUAUUGGAGCUGCGGCUGAUGUGCAUGAACCCGGGCAUAGUGUUCAGCGCCCUGAAGGUGUCCAAGUGUAUAGUGCUAGCAUCCGGCACUCUGACGCCGCUCUCCAGCCUGUAUUCAGAAUUGAACGCCGAUUUCCCAUUGAAGGUCGCACCCAAUCACCCCAUACCCAGUGAUAGAGUGUGGGUGGGCACCCUGUCGACGUGCCCGGACGGGUCCCGGCUGGAGUGCAAGAGCGGCAGCACGAGCCAGCCGCACGUGCAGGACGCGCUCGGCGCCGCCGUGCUGCGCGUGUGCCGCCUCACGCCGCACGGCGUGCUCUGCUUCAUACCCUCAUACCACCUCAUGAACCGGCUGGCCGCACGGUGGCAAGAAACUAACGUGUGGAGGCAACUGGAGGACUUGAAGACUAUAUUCAUGGAGAGCAGGAACGUACGAGACCACAACGACGUUAUGGACGAUUAUUAUAAAGAAGUGGAGACGGAACGCGGGGCGAUUUUGUUUGCCGUCUUCCGCGGGAAAGUUUCCGAAGGCAUGGACUUUAGAGAUCACCAGGCCAGAGCGGUUAUCACCAUAGGUAUACCAUACCCUAACACAUAUGAUAUGACCGUCAAGGAAAAGAUGAACUACAAUAACAGAUAUGAGAAGAAAAAGAAUCUCUUGAGCAGCAGCGAGUGGUUACGUGUGCAAGCGUACAGGGCUUUGAAUCAAGCGGUAGGUCGUUGUGUGAGACAUCGUGAAGACUGGGGUGCCGUACUCAUGAUAGACGCGCGCUUUACCAAUCCUUACUAUACGGAACACCUCUCCAAGUGGGUGCGCAACUUUCUCAGCAAUAACCACCACACGUACGAUAGUCUAGUCAACAGCACAAACAGUUUGGAAUCAUUUAUGAAAGACAUGACGCUUAGGGAGAAUGAAGAAUUCAAUCAAGUCUGA